ACUUCCGUUGUAGACCGGAAAUAGCCUGGCACUACGUUUGGAGGUGACCGAAUGGUGGGCUAGUGAAGUAUUCGUGUUUUUCUGGCAUUAUAAGAUUGAUUGAUUGAAAAAAGAAAGGUAACUUUCUGCCGCGAUGGGGUCUCAUCUUGUGCGGAGUUAUGUCACCCAGUCGGACACAACACCUGAUCCUGCGAAACCCUUUACAUCGGACCCAAUGAAGGGCUUCGAUCACAGGGAAGAGAGAGAAAUGGUUGCCACGCGGGAGCAGAUGAACCUGGCGAUGCUGCCGGUAGAACAGCGCGAUUACUGCGCGCACCACCUGAUCAAACUCAUGAAGUGCAAGAGGGACAACUGGCCCAACUUCCUGGCCUGCAAGCACGAGAGACAUGACUGGGACUACUGUGAGCACCAGGACUUUGUGAUGAGGAUGAAGGAGUACGAACGCGAGAGGAGACUCCGUCUGAGGCAGAAGAGGAUCGAAGCCCAGGCCGCAUAAUGUCGCCUCUCCAGCACACACACACACACACACACACGUUUCCCUUCAGUCUCUGUACAUACCUGCUCUAUACAAUAAAGUUAUAUGACGAGCCCUGGA